CUAAAUUAUUAGUAGCUAAGCCGCGCUGUUGCAAGGUGCUCGCUUUGAAAUUUUUCUAAUGCCGGGCAAAGGUCUAUAGACCUUUGAAUAAGUUGCAUGUCGCCUCUAAAAGAAGACGAUGACUUCCGUUACUCUGACCACGACAUCAGAACCAAUGAAUGGAAGUUUCUCAACAUCAUUAGACGAAAGUGUUACAAGUAGACCGGCCUUUGAAACCCCAAAGCCUGUUAAACGUUGCCUCGCAGCUCCCCUAGACUCUUACAAAAAACGCCGGAAACAAGCUACGCCUGUAAGAAUUUCCGCGACAGAACCUCAGGAUGUUGUACACUCACCAGAAGGUAAGCCCUUGGAUUCACCAGUGCCAGAACCCGAAAUUAAAUGCUCAGAAUGCCACUUCCUAUUCGAUUCGUCUGACCAACUGCACAGUCACAUCGCCAACGAACAUCCAAAUUUCCAUUGCAAAAGGGAACCCGAGGAAAAUUUAAAUUACGAACCACAAACCCAAAACGCCUUCGACAUAUCGUCAACGAGAAAUGAUAUUUCGUGGAUUGGUGAUAUUCAGAGUAAAGACUUUCUCAACCUAAAUUUCCACGGAUUAGUUUUUUCCCCGGCAAGUUCUUUGUUUAUGUCGUUACCAUCUUUUCCCCAAACUGAUAAUCCUUCGUCGAGGCAAUCGGUCAGAAUAUUUAACCCGGAUGCCUUUUGUGACCUUUGCAACAAAGAAUUCUGCAACAAAUACUUUCUAAAGACCCAUAAAGCCAACAAACACGGUAUUUAUGCGGAUCCGCCGUCUUCUGAAGCCCUUGCAAUUUCUCCAUUCAUUUCAAGUAUGAUGAAAAUACCCACUACAAGUUUUAAUUGUGAUAUACCCUCACUAAAGACAGAAUUGAAACAGCAACCUCAAAAACCUCAAUUUUGUGAUAUGCUUUCGGCAAUUCACACAAGCAAAGCUUUUUCUAAAUCCUCAAAGCAAACCGUUACAAACUUUACCGAAACCGAAAACAAAGAGGUGAUAGAUAAUCCUGAGCAAAGCACUUCCGAGACCGAACAAUUUACGGCAGCUAUUAAAAAUUCGGACGAUAACGAAGGCAGCUGUAGUCCAGGAGUAAUUACAGCAAGCAUGUUCCAAUACAAAAGCGACUCUAACUUAGACCAGGACGGACUAAAUUAUUCUACUUCCAACAAAUCGUCGCCUGCUCCGUCGUCCAAGGAUAUGGACGCGUCGAUGAAAUACAAAAAGGCCGGAAUAAUGAAUCCGAAAGCUUUUUGUGAAAUAUGUUGCAAAGAGUACUGCAACAAGUACUUCCUACGAACGCACAAAAUGAAGCGACACGGCAUAUACGUACCUGACGAAGGACGUGACAGUAAGGAUAACAAAUCGGAACCGUUUCAGUGGAACCAGAACAUCCAAACGAGUCCUCUCAAUCUUAUAAUGAACGAACAGCAAAGCAAUUCCAAUUCUGCAUCCGAAAGAGACCGGAAAACGUCGACCCCUCAAGAUUACAGAUGCGACAUUUGCGGAAUUAAUUUCCAAAAUAGCUCUCUGUCACAUUUACAUAAUGUCAGCGUCCACUCAUCGGAAAAAGAAACUUCAACAAGCGACAUCAUCAAUAGAGAACAUCAUCUUCGAGGAGGAAAAAGUUUAGAUCUUCAGACGACAUCGACGGAAAGGGGAUCGUGUAGUACGGAACCUAUCAACGAAGAUCUUCAAAAGUUGCAAACAAUGAUUCUUCAACUCAACGAACUGGACGUGGGCAAAACCAAUUUAUUGUGCAAUAUCUGCAGUAAAGAAUACGACAGUAAAUACACGCUUCAAGCUCAUAUGAUGUCGACUCACGGGCUUUUACUUGAAGAUGUCGCACCAGGGGAUAAAUGUGGAAGUGGUUUGGGUCCAGGAACGAGUAGCAGAGAUGUCGGGAGCAGUACCAGCACCAGCAACAGUACCAUUUGUGAUUUGUGCGGAAAAGAUUUUUUCGACGUCGAAGGAGUUAAAAAACAUGUGCUCGAGUGUCAUCCGAUCAAUUUCAAAGAAUCGAAAGAAAACAAUUACAUGAACACGGAAAAAACAGCGAAUAAAAUUAUGGUUCCUGGCACUCCGACAUCGUCGGAAAGACGUUCGGCGCCGGUGCUCACGCCGAGCAGCAGUUACUGCGAAAUAUGUAACAAAGAACUUUGCAACAAGUACUUUAUGAAAACGCACAUGCAAAGAAUGCAUGGGAUAGAAAUAGAAAACGGUGCACAAAUUGGUGGUGUGGUGUGUGACAUCUGUAACAAGGAGUUGUGCAGCAAAUAUUUUUUACGAGUUCAUAAACACAAUACGCACGGCAUCGCCGAGUAUAACUCAGGUUUCCUUCAGAGCCGCAAAGGUGACGCCGAAUCAAUUCCAAUGCUUCCUACCGAAAGCGAUCCCGCCUUGAAGCCGAUAGAUCUGGCCGAUUUGAGUCACAGGUACUUCUCACACUUUACCGAAGUUUGUUCAAUUUGUAGCAGGAGAUUCAGGAGCACCAAGUGGUUGAAGGCUCACCUCUUGAGCGACCACGGUCAAGCAGGUGCCGAAAAGUGGGUAGAAUUAGAACAAAACAUUACGCCGUCGAAUGUUAACGUUAAUGUUAAUUUCAACAGUAAAGCCGUUCCUCAGGUCGAAAGAACAAGUCCAUUAAUCAAAAUACCAAACGGAAAUCAAGAGACCAACUCGAAAAUAAAGACCCAAAACGUAUUUUCUAGCAUUUUUGGUGCCGACGAAAAUUCCAUAAAAACGUACGAUUGCUCUUAUUGCCCGUUCUCAACGCCAGUUCUCCCUUUAUUACUUGUACACGAACGUUCGCAUGAUAUGCGUAAUACAUCGCCGGAAAAUGAAAAUACUAAUGUGGUUAAAUGUCCCGUUUGUGCCAAAUCGUUUCCACAGACAGGAACUCUACAGCACCAUAUCGUCAGCGAGCAUCCUUUCUUUCAUUUGUCGCCCCAGGAGGAGAGUGAAAACCAUCAAAACGGAGUGCCGAAGGAUGGCUGUGAUAACUUUCAGGAAGAAUGGAAAAUUGACGAUUCUUUCAACGCAAUGACCAACAAUAAGGAUGAUAAAAGUAAGAAUCGAUUGAAACGUAAGCUGAUCAAUUCGGAAGUGUCGUUCGAAACGACUCAGACGCUUAAGGAAGUUGUGAAGAAAUUUCAACUUCCAGCGACGUACGCUUUACCUCUAACGUCAUCGGAUGAUGACGAAGCGGUCUUUCCAGGUUACAUAAUGCAAGCCUUCACCCUGAACGAGUUAGCCUCGGAAAGAAGUUUUGUACCGUCCGUGGUAUUCCUUCCGGUGCUACAGAAACUAUCCAACCCCUUAAAUGUCACCUUCAACUUGAGCCCAGCUUGAAUACACAUACAACGUACAAGUAAUGUUUCUUUUCAUCCACGGACGUGGCGUCGUAGAAUUUCUUUAAAAUGAAACAAACAAAACAAAACA